UAUUUGUUUGUUAACUGUCAUUGGUCAUGUCCAAAAAAUAUUUAUUAUAUGUAGGACAAUUUCAAAACAUGAAUUUAUUCUCAAAACUUUCAGUCACUCAUAAAUAAAUAUUAAACCUCGUAACUAAUCUAUUGUAAUUACUUUAUUAUUCGCUACUACACAUUUCUAAAUUAUCUUACAGUAUGGAUCCAGAUGAUGCAAAAUUUAUGAAAACAGAUCGUCGUCCAGGUACCAUAGACGUUCACCCGAAUCUAAAUGCUAUAGUUUUGAAUUAUGAAAUAGAAGUCAAUAUUGUUGGGGCAAGAGACAUUGUUUUACAUUCCGAAAAGAAGAAUUUGAAGAAAGUAAUUGAACUUCCUAUGUUGAAUAGUAGAACAGAUUGCCUUGCUUUAGCUAGAGAAAUUGUUAACCAAUGUGACUUAAUACAUCAUUCAAGAGUCCCUGAAGUGGAACAAACUAUAUUUUAUUUGAAGAAGAGGAAGCUAAGCCAUGGAAUCUCGAAGGAUGAUAAAAAUAGUAAGAAUGCUCCAUUUGUGGAAGAAACAGUGCAAUAUAGCAGCCUUAUGGAGUAUAUUGAUUUAUUAUAUGAAGGAAUGACUGAAAAAAUUAAAGGAGCUCAUCAAAUCCAAUUACUUGCUAGAGACUCAAAUAAUUUAGAAGCUCUUUCGAAGAAUGAAACUGUCAUAAGUGCUCUUGGUAGAGUAUUGAGAGAAGAUUGGAAAAGAAGCAUAGUUUUGAGUACACAUUUGGUCUAUACCUUUUUCUGCUUUUCUAUGUACUCUAUUUUCCAUGAAGUGAUAUUGAAAUGUAAGGUUGGAUCCAUUUGCAUGGAUAUAAUUGAUUAUGAAUUGCGAAGAUAUGAUAAAUGGACAGCAGAGUUACAAGGUCAAGAACUACCUGCAGCUUCUGAUAUACCAAUUAUUCGAAAAUCAUGUCCUAAUAGCGCCAGCAUGUCUGAAAUACCUAGAAGUAGAAUACCAGAACCAGUUCGUCCAAAAUCCGGAAAUUUCAGUGAUACUAAUUUUAAGGCUAUAAUGGAAGGAAGUAUUUAUGAAGAUUUAACAAUGUCCACUGAGAGCAUUAGUGAUAAAAAGUUGUCAGAUUCUGAAAGAGCAAAAAGAUACAGAACCCUAAUCAAAAAACAAGAAAAUUUACUUCGAAUAUGCUUCUACUUGCUGUUGAAUAUUGCAGAAGACGAAAGCAUUGAGGAGAAAAUGACAAAGCGAAAUAUUGUAGGAUUAUUAGUGAAAGCACUAGAAAGGGAGAAUGAGGAGUUGCUGAUUUUGGUUUUAACGUUUUUAAAAAAGUUAUCUAUAAUGCAGUGCAAUAAAGAUUCCAUGGCUGAUUUGAACAUAGUGGAGAAGCUCCCAAGAUUAUUGGAUUUCAAUAAAGCAGAAUUGAUGCAUUUAACAUUAAAACUUCUCUUUAAUCUGUCCUUUGACAAUAAACUUAGGUAUAAAAUGAUCAAGGGUAACCUCUUGCCUAAACUCAUCAAUUUAUUGAGUGAUGAUCGUCACCAAGAAAUUAUUUUGAAAUUACUAUAUCAUCUCAGUUACGAUGAUGAAGUGAAACCCCAAUUCAUAGAUAGUGUAGGAUUGAUAAUGGAUAUGCUACUUUUAAACGUUGGUAAUGAAAGUGAUCAAGUAAUGAUAGCACUCUGUAUCAAUUUAGCUGUCAGUGCGUCCAAUGCUCAACAAAUGAUAAAAAAAAAUAGGCUUCCUUCAAUAAUGACUAGAGCUUUCACAUACCAAAAUACUUUGCUCAUGAAAAUGCUGCAUAAUAUUUCUGAACAUAGCACAACAAGGGCUUUGUUUGUGGAAUUUGUGGGUGAUAUUGCUAAAGCAGUUGUAGAAUCGAAAGAUGAAGACUUUGUAAGGGAAUGUAUUGGAAUCUUAAGUAAUUUGAACUUACCAGAGCUUGAUUGGGCAGAAAUAUUCAAGCAUUUUGACAUGAUAACUUGGAUUGAAAAAACUCUAAAAACUAAUAAUAGUGACGUGCAGUUGAUAUUACAGAUUAUAGUGCUCCUAGGAACGGCAGCUUCAGAUGAAGGAUGUUCUAAACUACUAUGUGGAUCUAAAUUGAUGAAAAAUUUAAUCGAGCUGUUGAAAACUCACCAAGAGGAUGAUGAGAUCGUUUUACAAAUUUUAUAUGUGUUUUACAUGGCUUUAUCUAAUGAUAACAGUAUAGAUUAUCUCAUAGAAUCAACAGAAGCACCAGCUUAUUUAAUAGACUUAUUACAAGAUAACAACAAAGCUAUCCGAGAAGUUUGUAAUACUUGCUUGAAUAUUAUAAGUGAAAGAAACAAGUCUUGGUCUGACAGAAUAAAAAUCGAAAAAUUCAGACAGCAUAACUCUCAAUGGCUUGAAAUGGUGGAUUCACAACAACUGGAACCAGAAGAAGAGGAUGAUGAUGAAUUACCACCUUAUUUAAAUACUGAAUAUCUGAGUACUGCAGUGGUUCCACCUUUAUCAGACAUGAAUGAUCUAAAUGAAAAUGGUGAACCAGAUGAAGAGAAUAUACCAGAGAAAGGUAUCGAUGAUUAUUUUGAUCAGGCUGAGUUAAUACAGGACUUCGAGAUAGAAUCUAUGUAAAAAGAUUUCAGGAAAUACUAAGUUGCACAAUUCCUUGUGAUUUUUAGCUUUUCAAAUAAUUUUCUAGUCAGCAAUUUUAUUCACAGUAUAAGAAUUAAAAAUUUACUCUUA